AACUCCGUCAGAUUCAUCACAGACUCUUCAUUUCUCAUCGCUCGGCUCAUUCCACGAGUAGUAAUUACUGCUCUUAGUCUAGGCGGCGGUUGUUGUUGACCUGAUUCUUGGUUGAGCUUACAUUCUGCCGGUCCGCUAAACAACUCCUAUGACACCGGAGGCCAAAAGACAAAAUAAGCAUGUGAAUGUGUAAAUGCACCGAGAUCUCCGAGUCCAACAACACAUUUCAAUCCUACCUCAGCCCCGUGGGGUUUCUUUAAUAUUUCUUCUUUAUAAUCAGCCGAGAAUUGCGAUAAAGCCUCUGUCUGAUUUUAUUCUUUUUUCCUUUUUCAUUAUCAUUUGGUGGUGUAUAUUAUACUUUGUCGCAACAACCAAAUAUAUAUCGUCAGUGCUUGCGAUAGAUCACAAUGUCGCAGAAAGUGUCAAAAGAGCAAGUGGCUGUCCAUAACAAGUCUGAUAGCUUGUGGAUAGUCAUCGACGAAGAUGUCUAUGAUGUGACCAAGUUUCAGGAUGAGCAUCCUGGUGGCAAGAAGAUCUUGCAACGUGUCGCUGGCAAAGACGCUAGCAAGCAAUUCUGGAAAUACCACAAUGAAGGCAUCUUGAAAAAGUACAAGAGUCAGCUUCAAAUUGGAUCUCUUGAUACCAAAAAAGCUGCGGCACCUCCAGCACCUGCUGUUGCUCCUGCUCCUGCUCCUGCUGCACCCAGUGCAGCAAAGGCCAAAGCUAUUGCGGAUGCGAAACCCGCCAAGUCAGAGGCUCCUUUGGAGCCUUUUGGAGAUCUCAUUCCCUUUGCAGAUCCGUCAUGGUAUCAAGGUCAACACUCACCUUACUACAACGAGACGCACGCUGCUCUUCGCGCCGAGGUCCGGGAAUGGGUCGAAUCCGAAAUCGAGCCGUAUGUAACAGAAUGGGAUGAGGGAAAGAAAGUACCCGACAGCCUUUACAAGCAAAUGGGAGAACGCGGUUAUCUUGGCGGCUUGCUCGGUGUUCACUUCCCCGCUGAAUAUACCAAGUAUCGCGUCAAGUCGGUACCUCCAGAGAAGUGGGAUCACUUCCAUGAACUCAUUGUCACCGAUGAGCUCUCGCGCGCUGCUAGCGGUGGAUUGGUUUGGAACUUGAUUGGCGGUUUUGGUAUUGGAUGUCCACCGCUUGUGAAGUUUGGCAAGAAGCCGCUGCUAGACAGAAUUCUGCCCGGUAUAUUAGCAGGUGACAAGCGAAUUUGUCUCGCUAUCACGGAGCCUGAUGCCGGUAGUGACGUGGCCAAUUUGACUUGUGAAGCCAAGUUGAGUGAAGACGGGAAGCAUUACAUUGUUAACGGCGAGAAGAAAUGGAUCACCAACGGUAUCUGGUCUGACUACUUCACUGUUGCUGUCCGUACUGGAGGCGAGGGUAUGAACGGUAUCAGUGUUUUGCUUGUGGAACGCGAGAACGGCGGUGUCAGCACUCGUCGCAUGGACUGCCAAGGUGUCUGGAGCAGUGGUACUACUUAUAUCACUUUCGAAGAUACCAAGGUUCCUGUUGAGAACUUGAUUGGAAAGGAGAACCAGGGAUUCAAAGUCAUCAUGACCAACUUCAACCACGAACGUAUCGGUAUCGUCAUCCAAUCUCUCCGAUUCUCUCGCGUCUGCUACGAGGAAUCAGUCAAGUACGCCAACAAGCGCCGCACUUUCGGAAAGAAAUUGAUUGACCACCCCGUCAUCCGCAUGAAACUCGCGGACAUGGCCCGCCAAAUUGAAGCUGCCUAUAACUGGCUCGAGAACGUCGUCUAUCAAGCCCAAUCCAUGGAAGAAACCGAGGCCAUGCUCAAAAUGGGCGGUGCCAUUGCCGGUCUCAAAGCACAAUCUACAAAGACCUUCGAAUUCUGUGCCCGUGAAGCCAGUCAGAUCUUCGGUGGUCUUAGUUACAGCCGCGGCGGGCAAGGCGGUAAGAUUGAGCGUUUGUAUCGUGAUGUGCGCGCUUAUGCUAUUCCCGGUGGUAGUGAAGAGAUCAUGCUUGAUCUCAGUAUGCGUCAAAGCUUGAGGGUUUAUCAGAUGUUUGGUAUGAAGCUGUAGAGAGUAGUAGUUUUGGCUUUGAUACCCUCUCACUUUUGGCUUGGCUUGACUUGACUUGAGUUCUUCUUUGCAUUAUGCUUCAAUACGCACAUAUGUAUGUGCUCUGUUUUAUUCUUAUGACAGGUUUUGAUUGUCUGAAUAUGGUGGCUUGGAUGUGUAACCAGGUCCACUGUGUACUACCAAUUGACUUGCUUAACAGGUAUAGACUUAGAUGAAAUUCUUAACUUGAACGGUACGCAACAGUU